AUGCCAAAAACGUACAAAUUUUUAAGUCGUAUUAAAAACAUUGUUCAAGUUUUGAAGUUGCAAAUAUUCCAUCCCUACAUCGAUAUUUCGAAUUCAACAAUAGCGACGUGUAUUCAAGAUAACAUCAUGACUCGACAAGUUCUCAUGGAAAGAGUCAAUUAUUCCGAUGGAACGAAUCUAAUUGUAUCACUGAGAGAUGUUCUGAAGGAUAGCGUUCACAACUAUUUGUUUGACCUGGUCCUAUAUUUUCAUCUUGACGGGUUAAGCUUUGUCGUGUGCACUUUCAAAAUAAAAGUUUUUCAGAUUGACGUUGAAAGCGGCGAAAUCAGUCAAGAUGAGAUUAGUGUACGCUUCAAAAAGCAACUUUCCACAGGUCCUCAUAAAGGUCGUAAACAAAGGCUCGAAGACAAGGCAAGAUCUAAAUUUGUCCGUACUUAG